ACGCAACGGGGGCCAUGCCAGCCAAGGGGAAGUACCUGUUGAAUGACCUGGAGCUCAAACAUGAGACGCUGUACCGCAAGUUCUCCUGCAUCAGCCAGUACCAGCCGCUGGCGCUGCUGCUGGGCCUGUCCAUGCUGUCCUGUGCCAUCCUUCUGGUGCUCUUCUUCUCGCUCCAGCUGAGUGCCAACAAGCACAGUGCCUUCGUGGCGGUGGUGAGCCUGAGCCUCGGGGUGUUUGUGGCCGUGUUCUUCCUGGUGUGCACCGACACCCUGACCCAGCGAUGGCGGCGGCUGCUGGGCCUGGCGGUUUGGGCCACCCACCUUGUCAUGGCCUACACCUUCAUCUUCUGCGGGCCGCUCAUCCUGCCCUGGGACCAGGUGCCGUACUUUCUCUUCAUCAUCUUCACGGUCUACACCAUGCUGCCCUUCCAGCUGUGGGACGCCGUGGUACUCAGCGUGCUCACUUCACUCUCACACAUCCUGGUCCUCACGCUCAACUUCACCGUCUUCGUCAGGAAUCCCACCCAGUACCUGGCCGAACAGCUGUUGUCCAACGCGGUGGUGUUCCUGUGCGGCAACGUGGUGGGGGCCUUCCACAAGGUGCUGAUGGAGAAGACCCUGCGGCAGACCUUCCAGGACACCCUGCGCUGUCUCAGUAUGCGCAUGAAGCUGGAGAUCGAGAAGAGACAGCAGGAGAGCCUGCUGCUGUCCGUGCUGCCCGUCUACAUCUCCAUGAAGAUGAAGCUGGCCAUCAUGGAGCGGUUGCAGGAGUGCAAGGACAAGGAGGAGCAGCAGCGGCUGGUGAAGGACAACAACUUCCACAGCCUCUACGUCAAGCGGCACGAGAACGUCAGUAUCCUCUACGCUGACAUCGUCGGCUUCACCCGUCUGGCCAGUGACUGCUCCCCCAAGGAGCUAGUCAUCAUGCUUAACGAGCUCUUCGGAAAGUUCGACCAAAUCGCCAAGGAGAACGAGUGCAUGAGGAUCAAGAUCUUGGGAGACUGCUACUACUGUGUGUCCGGGCUGCCCGUCUCUCUGCCCAAGCACGCCAAGAACUGUGUGAAGAUGGGCCUGGACAUGUGUGAAGCUAUCAAGCUCGUGCGAGAGGUCACCGGCGUGGACAUCAACAUGAGGGUGGGCGUGCACUCGGGGAACGUGCUCUGCGGAGUCAUUGGCUUGCGCAAGUGGCAGUUUGACGUGUGGUCACAUGACGUCACCCUGGCCAAUCACAUGGAGUCUGGCGGACUGCCUGGCCGGGUCCACAUCACAGAGGCCACCCUGAAGCACCUGAACCGGGCCUACGAGGUGGAGGAGGGCGACGGCCACCUGAGGGACGCCUACCUGAAGGAGAUGAACAUCCACACCCACCUGGUCAUCGACCCGCGGUCCAAGGACCAGUCUCUGAACAACCGCCACGUGCUGAAGCACCGCGUGAACGACGGGCUGAAGAUGAGGGCGUCGGUCCGCAUGACGCGCUACCUGGAGUCCUGGGGCGCCGUCAAGCCCUUCGCCCACCUCCAGAACCGCGACGGCUUCACCGCCGACCCCAUCGGCAACGGCAAGCCCCGCUGCAAGGACAUUCCUUUGCACUCGGCUCCCUCCUCCAAGAACACGGAGAGGAACAAGUCCCAGAAGAGCAAGUUUGACGAGGCUCUGCACGACGAGAUGACCACCACCAUCGACGAGCUCAGCAGCAAGCAGUGGUCCAACUCUGAGGAGACCAGCAGCCUGGCUCUGUGGUUUCCCAAGAAAGAGCUGGAGAAGCAGUACCGAGCCUUGGACCUGCCCAUGUUCAAGCACUACAUUGGCUGUGCCGCCUUCAUCUUCUUCUGCAUCUUCGUCGUUCAGAUGUUCGUCACAAGCAAUUCCAAGAAGCUGGGGAUGUCUUUUGGAAUCCUGGCCUGUUUCUUACUGUUGAUUCUGGCCAUCUGCUUCGCAAGUCAUCUACAGCGUCUUCUCCCGGAGAAGCUGUCCAGUUGCCAGUGGCUGCCAGCCCUGUCUGAGGCCGUGGUGAAGCGGCCAAUCGUGCGCCUGCCCCUGGCCACCCUGGCCACGGCCGUCAUCGUUCUCCUGGCGGUGUUCAACCUGUGCUUCAUCUCCACGAACCCCGCGGAGUGCAAGACUGCCGGUACGAACGAGUCCAGGCAGCAGGAAAGCCAGGAGCAGGGCCUCUACUACCUGCCGUACUCCGUGUUCUGCUGCAUCCUGUCCCUGAUCGCGUGUGGCGUCUUCCUGAGGGUGAGCUUCGAGCUCAAGGUGCUCUUCCUCACGCUGACCUCCACCGCGUACUACAUCAUCAUCCUCAGCUUCCAGCAGAGCCUCUUUACGGCCUACGGGAACUACCUCUACGACAACGCCACCGGUGGCAACUCGCUGAACUGCAGCAGCAUCACCGACGCCGCUCGACUGGAGGAGCUGGGGUUGGUGAAGCACCCCCAGGUGAUGAGCUGCAUCUACAUCACCCUGUUCCUGGUCACCAUGCUCAUCAUCUCCCAGCAGAACGAGUCGUGCUUCCGGCAGGACUUCCUGCUGAAGAACAAGAACCGCACGGAGCAGGAGGAGAUCGAAACCCGGGAGAACCUCAACCGCCUGCUGCUGGAGAACGUUCUGCCGGCGCACGUGGCCGGCCUGUUCGUCGGGGAGAACAAGAAGAACGAGGAUCUGUACUACAAGUCAUACGACUGCGUGUGCGUGCUGUUCGCCUCGGUGCCGGACUUCAAGGAGUUCUACACGGAGUGUGACAUCAACAAGGAGGGCCUGGAGUGCCUGCGGCUGCUCAACGAGAUCAUCGCCGAUUUCGACGAGCUGCUGUCAAAGCCCAAGUUCAGCGGAGUGGAGAAGAUUAAGACCAUUGGCAGCACCUACAUGGCCGCCGCGGGCCUCAGCGGCACCCCGGGCCAGGAGAACAACCAGGACCGCGAGAGACAGCGGGCGCAGAUCGGCAACAUGGUGGAGUUCGCCAUCGCCCUCAUCGGCAAGCUGGACGGCAUCAACCGCCACUCCUUCAACAGCUUCCGGCUGCGCGUGGGUAUUAACCACGGGCCGGUGAUCGCCGGCGUGAUUGGAGCCAGGAAGCCUCAGUACGAUAUCUGGGGCAACACUGUGAACGUGGCCAGCCGGAUGGAAAGCACCGGAGAGCUGGGCAAGAUCCAGGUGACGGAGGAGACGUCGGCCAUGCUGCAGAAGCUGGGCUACUCGUGCGAGUGUCGCGGUCUUAUCAAUGUCAAGGGGAAGGGAGAGCUCAAGACCUACUUCGUGUGCACCGACAUGUGCAAGCAGCAGGGCGUGGGUCUGAGCUGAGACCCCCACACCCCCCAAACACACCCUCCCCCUCCCCCCCCCCCAUACCAAGGACUUACCUGUGUGACCGGAAGUACAGGCAGUGCCCAGCUGAUCAAAAUGGUGUUAGAGGGAAGACUGUGGCUUGCUUCACCGGAGGGACUGGAUGGACGGUCACCGGAGCAUGUCGGCGUUGAGCGGGGCUCAGCGGCACUGGGUCAAAGGUCAGGGGUCACUGGGGACUUGGGGGUGUUGAAGGUGUUCACGCCGGAGAGCUGUACAUAGCGCUCUGCCGUCUUUGCGCACAGUCCAUUCGUGUACCGUCACAUCUUUCUCCCCCUCCUCCCCCACCCGUUUACUCAAGGUGGCCUCUGGAAAAGGCCGGUCUGGGAACGCACCCGAGACUGGAUGGGACAGAUGGGAAUGUUGGAGCGCCGACAGCCCCGUGAGGGGGCCGUACGCAAGGAUCCUUAUAGGAUUGUAUGUUCUGGGAGACGUCCUUUUUCCUGGUUUGGCUUCCUGGAGGAAGGUGGAUUCUGCUCUGUUACUGUGUAAUGGUCACCACGUGUGUGCCCUGGUCUUUUAUGGUCUGUAAGAUACUGUACAUAAGCGACGCCGCAAAUCAGAAACAAAAAAGGGAAAGGUUCAAGUUUAAGGCGAAUAAAAUAUCAAGUUUCAUGUUAAAAAAGUGUUAUUGUGAAAUAACCAUGAAAUUCUCUUUCUCUCAUCAUAAUUCCAGCCGUGUGGGGUUAACGGAUGAUUCACAUCUUCCCCACUUCACUGCUUAGACACAGGAUCUUUAUAACCAGCUCUGCAUUACGAGGUGCCGAGGUGCAUGUUGGUCACCUGCUUGCCGCUAUACAGAUACACCAACACAAGACAUCAUUCAAGCACCGCUUUGCCUCUCUGUGCCCGAGCUGCAUCCCGGGACUGGGACAUGGUCACCACCAGGUCUGCUGUGACGCCUCUGCUCGCUCUGUGCCUCUGAAAACCUGCCUUAGCGUUGGACCGCUAUCCGUCUGUUGUCGUGAUUACUGCGAUGGUGUUGAUUGUUAACUGGACUUCAUUUUGUACAGCUGCACAAGGUAUUAAAUGGUUUUGUAAGUCUGAUCGAGUGUCUUGCGAAAUAAUUGACUCCACUAGAGAUUGGUUAAAAAAAACAAAGUUGAAACUGAAGUUUAUUAACUGCAAUGCAUACAAAUGUCACACAAAAAGCACCACGAGAUAUUAGGACGUUGAUGUUACACAGCUAACACUGACGUCCCGUCCUGGCUCCGACACAAGACGUCCAUGGGCUCGGACACGUCUUGCACUGCAAAGCACAAACAAGAAUAGAAACCUAGUGCCUUAUUCCCCUUCCUCAAACAAUCACAGUUAUGUCAGUACAUGAGCAUCUUACUAAUGGAAGAGGCAAACGAUGGACAAACACUCGCCUCAAAGCCCAGCCGUGAAAGGCCAAUAACCGCAGGAGGCGGUUGUAAACCCCAUGUGUGGUUCUCUAUGGUAUCAAGGCUCGGUUAUGGUUCCACGUCGACGCAACGCAAUGACCACGCAGACGCUUCGACACAGUCGUUAACAUGUUUUGGCUCUGUCCGGGUUUAGUGAGCGGACACA